ACCGGACACACCUACCAAUGCCCUGACUCCGCCCCUUCUCCGAGGCCUCUUAUGCUUGCGACUUGCAACAUACUAGACUGCCCCUCGGCCCGGAUCGUCGACCCUGCGAACUACGCCCCAGCGCGCCACAGCAAUGGAGGGAGGAGUGGAUGCUGAGAGCAGAAGCUCCCUGGAUGCACCCCCGGACGAUGCGGCCGGGGCCAACAAGUUCCAGACUGCCAUAGGGGCGUGGAGGAACAUCGACCUGACGUCCCUCAUUCCCCAACUCGAUACCGUUGCCUCAGACCUCGUCGCACACCAGCGAGAUGCUCUCACACAGCGCAAAGACCUGGCCCAGAAGACCAAGGACUUCCGAAAGCUAGACGAUGCGAGCAAGCUCAACGACAUAAAGGCACUCUUAAAGUCCUACCAGAGCUUCAUUGACCUUAUAUCGAACCAGUCCAAGUCUGUACAGGCCGCUUUCUUCCAGAUCUACUCUCCCUUGUCCGAAGCCCCCGACCCAUAUCCCCUCCUCGAAGCCUCCGUCGACUCUUUGGUGGCCGCCGAGGAAACCGUGCCCAAGCUUACCUCUGAGAACCAGCAUCUGCAAAAGACCGUGGCGCAUCUGACAUCACAGUUGGAGGACGUGGAAAAGAAACUCGAGGAGGAACGGACGGCGCGAAAGGCUCUGGAAGACUCCCGAGACGCAAAGAUAAAAGAGGUCGAGUCCUCAUGGUCGGCUGUGCUGAGCGAAAAGCAGGACAACUGGGAGGCUAAGGAAAAGAACCUAGAAGACAAAGUUGAGAGUCAGGAUCGGUUGCUGAAGGAGCUCAAGGCCAGCUAUGAGGUCUCACAGAGGCUUGGCAAGGACGAGGAGGCCGAGGGAGAGGCCAGUCGAGGAGCUACAGCUGCUGAGUUGGAAAUUGUUAGCUCGGAACUGGAGAGGACAAGCCAUCGGCUGGCUGAAGUCGAGGCACGAAACGAACAGUUACGCUUAGAACUAGCUCAGUCCGCAUCAGCGCAAGCGACUCAGCAAGUCCCCGUUGAAGAUGACCCCGCAUUCCUGAGGCUUCAAUCUGAGAACUCUUCCCUGCUGCGCAAACUAGAAACCGCCCGAUUCGAAAAAGAGUCGCAACGCAACCGCCUCGAAACUGAAACUAGGAGCCUAGAGCGAGAAAUCAACUCUCUGAAGAGCGAGAAGGAGGCACUGCGGGAAAAGGUUCAGAAAUGGAGCGACUAUGAGAACGUCAAGCAGGAGCUUGAAGUCCUGAAGUCAAUCGAGUUUGCGACUGGGGACGAUGACGACGAAGCAACAGAGAUUGCCCUUUCCCAAAAUGGCACCGUCGGUAAAGGCAAGGGGGAAACACUGGAACAACUCCUGUUAGCGCGGAAUAAGAAGCUGAGCAACGAGCUCACGGUCCUCCGAGUGUCCCACCAAGAUCUGCAGAAUCGAUUAGAAGCGUUGCAGGAGGAACUAUCCAAUACGAACAUGGAGCUCGAAAAGUCUAGGAACCUGAAUGAGACACUCGAAGCUGACCUGGAGAAGGUCCAACAAGAGGCGUCUAAUGCCUUUGACUCGUCAGCCAUGUCAGUAGCUGGGACUUACACAUCCCGACAUCCCCAAUCUUCCUUCCCUGGUGGACGGCGCGGGCGAUCAUCGCCCACAUCCUCCAUUAUUUCUGGAUUCGAUCCAGCGCAUGCAUCCCAAACCACAAUGCAAGCGAUACGCGCCGGCGAGCCAGUCGGAGGUGGCUCUGGCAUCCUCCCAAUGGUAACAGCGCAACGUGACCGUUUCAAGAAACGGAAUUCAGAGCUCGAAUCAGAGCUACAAAAGACCUAUCAAACGGUCUCCUCUCUCCGCUCAGAGAUUGGAGUACUUCAAAAAGACAAUCUCGAUCUCUACGAAAAGACACGCUACGUGUCCACCUACAACAGAGGCCACCCAGCCGGUUCCUCAGCCUCGGCAUACUCCGCAAACCCCAACCCCUCCACUAUCCACGUCUCCUCCGAUACUUCUUCCGGUCUAACAAUGGACCGGUACCGCUCAGCCUACGAGUCCUCCCUAUCACCCUUCGCCGCGUUCCGUGGCCGCGAAUCUGCCCGUGUUCUGAAGCGGAUGAGCAUGUUCGAGCGCAUGGUAUUCAGAAUUACCAGACUCGUGCUAGCGACAAGGACAAGCAGGAAUCUAUUCGCGGCUUACUGUCUAGCAUUGCAUUUGCUAGUGUUUUUCAUGCUUUAUUGGAUGGGCACCACAGACAUCGAGAAACACACUGCGGCAAUGGCUCUGGCGGCGGCUCCGGGGAACCCAAUAGGCAUGGGCGAUAAAGAUCCUAUAGAGUGGCAAAAGGAGGGGUUUCAGGAAGGCGGAUAGGGAAUAUGGGAUAGCAGAGCUGAGGCUCUGGAUCAUUAUAUCCCUAUGCCUAUUGGUGUGGAGGCAUGGAUUUGGUUGAUCGGUCGUUGUGCUUGUAUUUGUAGCAUGAUAUCUGGAUCUGGAACGGGCGUUGAAUGGUGUCUGUCUGGGAUGAGCAUGAUUGGCUAGGUUGGGCGCUUAGUAAG